AUGGCUUACGCUGCCGUGAUUUCUCUUAAAAAGACAGUUCAGCACCUUUUAAAUUCUUCUCAUAUUUCGAUUGUUCUUAUACAUUCCUCUCGACAAAUCAUGGAACAUCUAUACGAGGAGGUGUGUUCGUUGCAAGAAGUUCUCGAAAAGCAGCAGCAGAGGCAAGUAGACUUGCUGGAACUAAAGCAAGACGUUGAUUCUUCUAUCCAAAUGGCGAAAACGAUGAAGGCGGACUACCGUAGAGAAAUAUGGAAUGAAUCACCAGAAGAAGAAGAUUAUGAUUAUGGUCGUUUUGAUGGGAAUGGGUACUCAAAAAUGGUUGGAUUAACUAAUCAGUUUAUCCGGAUCAAAGAUGAGCUCACAACCAACUAUUCCGUUCGUGACACGACCUCGCUCGUGGGUAUGGCCGGCAUUGGUAAAACUGCUCUUGCCAAGAAACUCUUUCACGAUCCAUUGGAUUGGAGUCAUUAUGAAACCCGUGCAUUUGUCACCAUGGGCCCAAAAAGAAAAUUAGAGAAUGUCUUUCUAGAUAUUCUAAAGCAAGUGAGUCAUGAUCAGUUCGAUGGGAAAUUGACAUUUACGGAAAGAGAUCAAGGGAAACUUCAUGGCUUGAAAAUGAUGAUGCGCAACAGUUUAAAGGAUUGGAAAUACUUGAUCGCGCUGGAUGAUGUUUGGCACAAUGAGAGAUUUCUCAGUGAAUGUUUUCCAGACGACACAAAUGGGAGUCGUGUAUUGGUGACAACUAGGCUGCCACAAUCUUUGACUUGUUUAAAGUUCCCCUAUUACAUGAUAUGGUUCCUGGAUAAAAAGGAAAGUUGGGAUCUUCUUUGUGAGAAGGUAUUUGGUGAACGAGAAUCGUGCUCUUACGAACUUGAGAAAGCUGGAAAGAAGAUUGCUGAGAACUGUGAAGGUCUUCCUCCACAAUCUUGA